AUGGCCGCGACUACGAUUGUGAACUUGCAAGUGACUGAAGCGGCCACCACAGACUCCCGUCUUACAUUCCUUCUCAAGGCUCUUCAAGAAUGUGCCCCUGUCUACAGGCUCGCAAAAGAAGCAAGGGCAAGGAUUGUCGCGUAUGUGAGCUCGGUCAAGUCCUUUGCGUCGGGUCCACGCAGUCGGCAGCAUGCACAGCGGCCAUUGACAACGAGGGACGCGCAAGGUGCGGGUGGAAUGCUGGACCAGGACUUUGGGGCCUCUUCGGACGAAGUGUUCCCCGCGCCUGGGCUUCCCACCGGGCCCGACGAUGUGGACUGGCCUGCUUAUGCUCAGCGAUCAAUGCACGGUGACGAAGGCAUGAUGGCGUUCGAUUCUCCUUCAAAUCUCAUGAGUGGGCUGGACGACGAAACGUCGAUGAUGUCCAUGGAGGACGGCGGGCCCAGCACGGACGGGAUUGAUAUAAUGAACAAUCUGCAGGGAUGGUUCUCGCUGGGAAUGAUGGAAUGA